AUGAAAUCCAUCGCCGACCGUGCCCUCCUGAAGCGCGUCGUCGACGCCAUCAAGGAUCUCGUCCAGGACUGCAACUUCGACUGCAAUGACUCCGGUAUCGCCCUCCAGGCUAUGGAUAACUCGCACGUUGCCUUGGUCUCCAUGCUGCUCCGUGCUGAGGGUUUCUCGCCCUACCGCUGCGACCGUAACAUUGCCCUCGGUAUCAACCUGGUCUCUCUCACCAAGGUCCUGCGCGCUGCCCAGAAUGAAGACAUCUUGACGCUGAAGGCCGAGGACUCUCCCGAUGCCGUUAACUUGAUGUUCGAGAGCGCCGAGACUGAUCGUCUCAGCGAGUAUGAUAUUAAGCUCAUGGAUAUUGACCAGGAGCACCUGGCCAUUCCCGAGACUGAAUAUGCUGCUACCGUUGAGAUGCCUUCCAUGGAGUUCCAGCGUAUUUGCAAGGACCUGAACGCUCUCUCCGAGUCUGUCGUCAUCGAGGCCAGCAAGGAGGGUGUCAAGUUCUCCUGCUCCGGUGACAUUGGUAACGGCUCCGUUACUAUUCGCCAGCACACCAAUGUCGAAAAGCCCGACCAGAACGUUACCAUUGACCUCUCCGAGCCCGUUGCCCUGACCUUCUCCCUCAAGUACCUCGUCAACUUCUGCAAGGCCUCCAACCUGUCAAGCUCCGUAAGGCUGAACCUGUCCCAGGAGGUGCCUCUGCUGGUUGAGUACCCUCUUGGCAGCGGCCACCUGCGCUUCUACCUCGCCCCUAAGAUCGGCGAUGAGGAGUAA